CUCCCAAUCUCUCUCCACACGUCCAUCUCUCUCCUUCUCUUCUGGUGUCGCCUUCCCACGCGCGCGCGCGCCGUCCCGUUCGAUCCGUGUAGCAGCGCAGCGAAGGGAUGGCCGAGGAGGCGAAGCAGGAGACCCCCGCCGCCGAGGUGGUGGCGGCGGAGGUGGUGGUGGUGGAGAAGGCCGUGGAGGCGGAGGAGAAGAAGGUUGACGAGGCCGCGGCGGCGGCGGCGGAGGAGGAGGAGGAGGAGAAGAAGGCGGAGGAGGCCGAGGAGGCUGCGGCGGCGGACGAGGCGGCGGUGAUCGAGGGGACCGGGUCGUUCAAGGAGGAGAGCAACCUCGUGUCCGAGCUCCCCGACCCGGAGCGGAAGGCGCUGGCCCAGCUCAAGGAGCUCGUCGCCGCAGCGCUCGCUAGCGGGGAGUUUGAGCUGCCCCCGCCGCCGCCGGCGGCGGCUCAGCCAACUCCGGUGGCGGAGGAGCCAGCCAAGGAGGAGACCAAGGUCGAUGCCCCUGCGGCGGAGGAGACCAAGGACGAGGCCCGCGCGACGGAGGAACCCAAGACUGAGGCCCCGGCCCCGGCCCAGGAGGAGCCCAAGACCGAGGAGCUUUCCAAGGAGGAGCCCAAGGCGGAGGCGGAGGCAGCGGCGCCGGCUGCUGCCGCCGAGGAGCCCAAGGCUGCUGAGGCGGCGGCGGAGGAGGCCAAACCGGCGGAGCCGGAGCCGGAGCCAGAGGAGAAGACCGUCGUGGUCACCGAGGAGGAAGGCACCAAGACGGUGGAGGCCAUCGAGGAGACCGUCGUCGCAGCCGCGUCCGAGCCGGCCGCGGAGGCGGAGGCGCCGGCUGCUGCUGAGGCAGCUGAGCCCAAGGAGGAGCUGAUUUGGGGCGUGCCUCUGGUCGGCGACGACGAGCGCACGGACACCGUGCUGCUCAAGUUCCUCCGCGCCCGGGAGUUCAAGGUGAAGGAGGCCAUGGCGAUGCUGAAGGCGGCCGUGCUGUGGCGCAAGCGCUUCGGCAUCGACGCCGUCCUGGCCGCCGACCACGGCCUGCCGGAGCUGGAGAACGUCGUGUUCUACCGCGGCGCCGACCGCGAGGGCCACCCCGUCUGCUACAACGUCUACGGCGAGUUCCAGGACAAGGACCUCUACGAGAAGGCGUUCGGCGACGAGGAGAAGCGGGAGCGCUUCCUCAAGUGGCGCAUCCAGCUCCUCGAGCGCGGCAUCCUGGACCAGCUCGACUUCUCGGCCAGCGGCAUCUGCUCCAUGGUGCAGGUCACGGACCUCAAAAACUCGCCGCCCAUGCUCGGCAAGCACCGCGCCGUCACCCGCCAGGCGCUCGCCCUGCUCCAGGACAACUACCCGGAGUUCAUCGCCAAGAAGAUUUUCAUCAACGUGCCAUGGUGGUACAUUGCGGCUAACAAAAUGGUGAGCCCAUUCCUCACACAACGCACUAAAAGCAAGAUCAUCUUCUGUAGCCCAGCCAAGUCGGCAGAGACCCUUUUCAGAUACAUUCCUCCGGAGCAAGUCCCUGUCCAAUUCGGGGGCCUCUACAAAGAGGAUGACACUGAGUUCUCCACCUCCGAUGUCGUCACAGAACUUACGGUCAAACCUUCAUCCAAAGAAACUGUUGAGAUUCCUGCUACCGAGAACUCCAUUGUUGUGUGGGAGCUUCGGGUGCUUGGAUGGGAGGUGAGCUAUGGUGCAGAGUUCACUCCUGAUGCAGAGGGUAGCUACACUGUCAUUGUGCAGAAGACUAGGAAGGUGCCUGCCAAUGAAGAGCCGAUCAUGAAGGGUAGCUUCAAGGUUGGCGACACUGGCAAGAUUGUCCUCACAAUCGAUAACGCAGCAUCCAAGAAGAAGAAGCAGCUGCUUUACCGAUUCAAGGUCAAGAGCUCCACUGAAUCUGCCUAAGGUUUGAGAUACUUGUGUCCAAUAGAUAUGAUCACCAACCAGGUCCACAGGUCCAUACCACCACCAUUUGAACAUGUUGCAUCAUAGAAGAGAACAAUAAGAUUUUUAGGUGGUCUUUUGUGGUUUUGUUCUUUAAUUUGUUGGCUUGCUGUUCCUUUUGGGGGGUUCACAUUUUUAUGUGUUUACUUAAAACCAAAGUGAGCUUGUUCUAUGGGAUAGUUGGGAGGUGUUGAUGUUGUUGGGGGGGGGGGGGGGGGGGGGCGGGGGGUAUGAGAUGGUGAUGUUUCUUCUUGUCUUCUUGAGGUCAGGAGGGAGGGAACUGUGGAAGGAAGAACUGAAGAAUAGCUGUUGCUGAUCUGUAUAUCUGUCUGUACAUUGCAUCCAUGGAUUCUCUUUCAGCAACAUGUUAAUUUUUAGAAGAGAAGCAUUUCGUUUUGUCGUCA